AUGGGGCAACACCUUCCCCUCGAACUUAUCGCUCUAAUCGCCGAGUAUCGGCGAGAUGAUUCAAAACGGUUUCUUACACAGUAUGCCUUGGUUGGGCGCACGUGGCAGGCAGCCUUCGAGCCCUUCAUCUAUGACCGAGUCUGGAUACACAGCGAACCCUUCACGACGGGAAAAAGGGCGACCUCAAUCGAGGCUCUAUCAUUGAAUACCCCCCACGUGGUUGCUCGACGUAAAAUGAUUAGAGAGAUUUUCUACUGCAUAAUCUUGCCUCUCGACCUACCCGAUUACGAGAGAAUUAUUGUGAAAACAUCAGAACAGACUUAUACGCCACACAGCUUCAUACGACGGGCGAACAAUCAAGCCUUCACAGGGGCAAUUCUCAGCCUCUUUCGCUUUUUGGCCAGCGUAGACGCGGAACAACGCGUGACAAUUCGGUUCGAGACCCUGGGGCGCGACAAAGGCUAUGAUCCUGGCACGGUUCCCUGGGACAGACCUGGCGCUGCGAGAGGCAAAUGGGCAGUCCGGCCGUACAGAGCGGAAUCCAGCAAUCACAAUGGCCCUUUGCCUCGUGCGCCGUGUGUUGAUCGCAUCAUUGCCGAUGACCAGUGGCUCUAUCGUGGCAAUAGCAAGCGCAUCCGGCUCGAGGCAGCCUGCUGGAUUGCCCAGGCCUGUCCCGCCUUAUCCCAGUUUGAAUGGGAAGCAGACGAUACCGCUCUGCCAGAGCAUGUGGACUACGCACAACACCGACGUCAGGCUGUUGCAGAGGCUCUUCUUCACCUUCCUACCACCCUGCAAAUAUUUAACCUCCGGUCUCUCACGAUUGAUCCGCUGCACGAGAGCUUACCAGCGCCGGUCCUGUGUUCUAAAGAGCAUGAUCUUCUCUCCACCAAUCUUCGUCACAUGAGCGUCCAGCUCCGAGAAAUCGAUCUUUAUGAGGUGCCCCUAGCGAAUGAUUUCCUCUGUCCCUUGAACGACCACGGAAAGCCGCGCGGACAGCCCAUUGAGUGGCCGCUUCUAGAGCAGGUCUUUAUCAGCCGCCCCGACUUCCUCCCCUCUGGUGAGUGGCUCAAAGACCCGGGCCCGAUCACCCAGGAAUUCGAAAUCGGCGAUAUCGAGGACCCGGGCUUUGACUACGCGGAGUUCAUCGAGCGACUAGGUAGACGGGAUCCGCGUACGGGUACUCAUAUAUGGUGGGACCGCGCGGUAAUCAACCGUGAACUGUACCUUUUGAAUUGCAUCUCCACUGGAUACGCGGCGCGAGGCAUGCCGCGUCUGCAGCUUAUGGAUAUUGGAUUUACCUCGGCGAUGGAAGUAUCCACCUAUAUGCAGUUUGUUAGAGAGCAAGCUGCAGGGGAGGCGACUCUUACUUGGAAUGGGGAUGGGUACAAUAACCAUAAACCCGACGAGCGCGUAGCGCAUGCCUGGGGAUUCGCACUAAGCAGAAUGGCAAAGAACCAGGAGUCUUGGGGUAAUGACCUCAUUGGGGACUACAUUCGCUAUAGUGCAGCGGUUUCCUGGGAGAAUCCUGUAGAUAGUGUGAUGAGGUAG